GAGGCAAAAAGAUAAGAUUUUUAAUUAAACAGGAAUUUCCUGCUCUGCUAAGAGAGAUAGAGGUGGAGAGAGAAGGGAUAUGGUGGAUGGGCUAAAGAAGUAAAAGCUUAGAAAAGUGGGUUUUGUCUUGGUUUUGUUUGAUGAGCCUUGGGAGAUGUCAGGUGGUGGAUGCAGCAUAGUCUGGUUCAGGAGAGAUCUGAGAGUGGAGGACAACCCAGCACUAGCGGCUGGUGUGAGAGCAGGAGCUGUUGUUGCUGUCUACACAUGGGUACCUGAAGAAGAGGGCCACUUCUAUCCUGGGAGGGUCUCCAGGUGGUGGCUUAAGCAGAGCUUGGCUCAUCUUGAUUCCUCUCUCAGGAGUCUUGGAACUUGUCUCAUCACAAAGAGAUCUACUGAUAGUGUCUCUUCUCUUCUGGAGGUUGUCAAAUCUACUGGUGCUACUCAGCUCUUCUUCAAUCACUUGUAUGGUUAGUUUAUUUUCCUUUUUAUCUCCUCAACCUUGUUGUUUUUAUUUUAUUGAAUUGUUUUUUUUAAACAUUAAUUGAAAUAUUUUAAUGAAUUGUUUUGUCUGUU